AUGGACAACUCGUCCCACCGCUCCACAUUUGUCAACAACCUCUUGUUGCUCGGCUUCUCGCCUGAACAAUCAGCGACCGGUCUCUACAAGCAUGUGAAGUUUGACGAGGACAUGUUCACGCAUGCGAACAAUACCAAGGCGUUUAUUGCAACCAGUCAUUUCCUUUUUACAAAGCUCGAUCCGAGGCGAGCACGAACGGCUUUUAAAGAUUGUUGGCCAAUCGUCGACUUUAGACGGCAAUCGCGGUUAUAUAUUGCAACUGCAUUUCGUUGGUUGGAGGAAUUGCGAAGGGAGGGCCAAUGUCUUUCCAAGAACGUGACUCUAAGACGCAGCUACUUUGAAGACUGUCGAGGUGAAAAAGUGGAAGCUAUCAUGACAUCCUUGUCGAUGCAUGUAUUGAAGAUGACCUCUCGCACACGUUCACAGCAACAAUCAAGCAAAACUUCAUCUUCAUCCGCCACCAAGAAACCCACUGUUGCCAUGCCAUCACAGCGACAACAUGAAACCAUCAGCAGUACGCAGCAAUCCUCGUCACACAAGCCAGUCUCUACUUGCUCUUCAAAGGAGGAUCAUGAACAACGGCGAACAAGCACACCCAACAUACGGCAUCAUCAACAUCCGAGUCGUACGCUCACGGUUGAUCCACAUACCCUUCAGCUAUUGAAAUCAGUCGAGAUGCAUAAAGCUACUCCUAAGAAGAAUAUGCAAUCCAUAUUCCUGCCUCAUCACUACUCAACUUUGGAUAUGGUUCACCAAAUCAGAUCACGCGCGAGAACGAUGCAACGUACUAUAUCAGCUCAACCUAAUCGAUCAUCAACAGCAUCACCUAAUCAGCUCACGAACGUUGGAUCAAACAAGGAUUCCUCUGAUGGCGAUAGUGAUCAUACUAUACGAGCCACCGACCAGUCUACGAGACAUGUUCAACAGGAGAAUAAUGAUUCUUCAAAGCGACGUUCUUUGGAUGAUAACUCUGGUAGAAGCAACAAGCGUUUCAAAGCGUCACAUCCACGUCAACAAUCAGCGUCGCUAGAGCAACACUCGAAUGGUCAAAACCCUUCAGGAACAACAAUCUACUACACUGCCCGAGAGUUUCAUUCCAUGUCUUUAUCACCAGAGUCACCCAACAUUUCACCGUUGAGGAACAAUCAUCGAGACGAUUCAUGCGAUGAGAUUGUAGCCGAGGUGAUUGAGGAAUUUCAUGUCCGUACGCCUUUUGGUGAUGAUGACGACGAUGGGUUAUUCAAGGUUACUGAUGGUGGUAGUGAAAAGGAAAGUGUCACGACAAUGCCACAUGUUCAACUACCAGCGGAUCAUUCGUUUUCGUGGUCGACUUCUGAUCGACAGGCAGCAAGUGAUAUGCGACAUCAACUAUCCAGAGAAUGUUCACUAUCACCUAUACCCUUUCGCCAUGAAGAACCCAGCAUGCUAUCACCCAAAAGACAAUCUGUGACAAGAGCAUCCACCGCAACCAACAGCAACUCAUUUCAAGCAUCCAAUGAUGAAAAUAAUUCACCAAGGCGACCAUCACCACCUUCUCCUUCUCCUCAUUUUCGAACGGCCAAUCAAGAGAAUGAUCAAGAUGUUGAGGAGAUUCGAGAAAAGCCCCACAAUAUUAAACCAUUCAGCAAGGUGCAUGAUACUCCUUUAUCACGACGUAUCACAUUGAAAGCAAAGGAUAAUCAGUAUCAAGAUGUUUAUCGACAUGGGUACCAACAUGUUUAUCAGCACGCUUCGAGAUUUGACACAACGAGAGGCGGAGGAAACGCAUAUCAAUAUAGUCCCACUGAACACCUAUUACUGGAUCAAUCCAAGGGCUGGUCCGCUUUUCGCAAUUUGUAG